AUGAAGAAGAGGAAGAAGAGGAGCAGCAAGCUCGACCGAGCGGCACGGACCCGGCCGAGUGGAGCGUCCCUGACGGCCGUCUGCCCUCUCCAGACCACGACCUUGCCUCCCAGAUCUUUGGGGGGCACUGAGGAUCAUUUCCCUCUCCCUUUCAUUGAUCAGAUGUUAGAAAGAUUGGCAAACCACCCUUUUUAUUGUUUUCUUGAUGGUUACAGUGGUUUCUUCCAAAUCCCGAUCCAUCCUAAUGAUCAGGAGAAGACCACUUUCACAUGCCCUUAUGGUACCUUUGCUUAUCGAAGGAUGCCAUUUGGGCUUGUGCAAUGCCCAGCAACUUUCCAGAGAUGCAUGACUUCCAUUUUUUCAGAUCUGAUAGAGGAGAUGGUAGAAGUCUUCAUGGACGAUUUCUCAGUCUAUGGAGCAUCCUUCUCCUCAUGUUUGUCUAACUUGUGCAGGGUGUUGCAGAGGUGUGAGGAGACCAAUCUAGUACUCAACUGGGAGAAGUGCCACUUCAUGCUCCCUGUUCCCAAGACUGUGAAGGAUAUAAGGAGUUUUCUGGGUCAUGCAGGGUUCUACAGAAGAUUCAUCAAGGAUUUCUCAAAGAUAGCAAGACCCUUGACAAGACUUCUGUGCAAGGAGACAGAUUUUGAGUUUGAUGAAGAAUGCCACAAGUCUUGGACCUUGCUGAAGGAUGCUCUGGUAUCUGCGCCAAUAGUUCAAGCUCCAAACUGGGAUCACCCAUUUGAGAUUAUGUGUGAUGCAUCUGACUAUGCAGUAGGAGCAGUGCUUGGCCAAAAGAUAGACAAGAAACUCAAUGUCAUCUACUAUGCAAGCAAGACUAUGGAUGAUGCUCAGUGCAAGUAUGCAACCACAGAGAAGGAACUCCUUGCCAUAGUCUUUGCCUUUGAGAAAUUUCGAAGCUAUAUAGUUGGAUCCAAGGAGAGUUUUGAUGAGAAAGUCAGGCUGGAAGAAGUUAAGGCUCUGCGUGAUGAGAAUUUGCCAUGGUAUGCUGAUAUAGUGAACUUCAUGGUGUCCGGAGAAGUCCCUAGUAGCUUUGAUGCUUACAAGAGGAAGAAAUUCUUCAAGGAUGCUAGGCAUUACUAUUGGGAUGAGCCUUACUUGUACAAAGAGGACCAGACAGCAUUUACAGGAGAUGCAUAG